AUGGCAUCGGAUGUUGCAGUUCUGCCAGACAGCCUCAAGAACUGUCCGCAGGACAUCGAGAAACUCUUCCAUCGGAUCCACCAGCUGGAAGCUCGGCAGGUGACCCAACGGAAGGACGUAGAGGCAAAGCAGAAGGGUACGUCGCAGCACUACGACGAGGAACUUGCCACCCUGCAAGCGCGCACAGCGACGUUUCAGGAUGAGGUGCAGAAUGCAUUGGCGGAGCUGACAAAGAACUCAGCGCAGAUGCAGAAGCAGCUGGAGGACGCCAGCGCACGGUGCCAGGAGAUGGAGGAAGCCGGCGGCAGGCAGCGCGAGCGCCUCUGCAGUAUAGAGAAGCGCCUCCCCGACUGCAAGCACAUCGAGGAGCUGGCGCGAGUUGUCACCACGCGCAUCGAAGAGUCUUCUUCGAGCGUGAGAGCCCAGAAGGAGCUAGUGCAGGAGCACGCUUGCGAAUUGGCGAGCGUGCAAGCGCAAAUGGGCGCACACAAUGACCAGCUGGACAGCAUAUCCAAGGUGUUGUCCCAUCACGGCAUUCUGGCCGAGAUGCGCUCUUUGUCAAGAAGGCAGGACAGGCUCGAGGAGGCCCACGAGUCAGCAGACAGCAUGGCGCAGAUGGCGCGGAUGCAAGGUGAACUUGCCACUGUCGCGGCAGGUUUGCGAAGCGUGGAGUCUCAAACGGCAACCUUGAAGGAGCUCGACAAGACUUGCCAGUUGCUGCAAGGGCGGCUGGAGUCGGCGGAGGAGGCCUACGCCAAUCUUCUCAGCCUGACGGAGCAAUUGCAAGAGGACAUUGGGAAGGAAGACUCCUUGGAGGUUCUUCCAGGGCAGGAUGGAGGACCCGCUGCCAAGCACGCGCUAUCGCCAGUCUCGCAUGCUUCGGUCGCUUCACCGACUGCGGUCUCUCCGUUCUCACCAACUCGGAGCUUGUCCAAGGUGAGGUCAGAGCGGGAAACGCACGAGCAGCUGCGGGACAUGGCACAAUGGCGCAGCCAAGUGAAGGAGGAGAUGAACAGACUGCAUCGCCUCGGUCGCAUUAUGGAGGACCGGCUGGAGGCCUUCGACGUGCUGGAGCGCCGCACCGAGGACAUGGCCGAACAGCUGCAGGCGCUGGCCCCGCGUGACUGCCACGGCGCCAGGAGCCGCAGUCCAUCCCCGGGCAGAGCCAUGAGGCCCGGGGAAGCGCAUGCGGACAUAAAGCUGGAGGGCAAGCGUUCCAUCCCACAAGCCGAGGGGCCCGCGCACAUCUCCAGCCCGAACUUCGAAGGCACCGGCUGGGUGAAAGCCCUGCCUCGCCGGCCAUACUCGGCGGGCGCAGUGCGAGGCGACACGCCUUCGCAGCUGCAACAGCUCCGGGAGAAGAUGCUGCAAGCGGUGCCUGGGCUGCCGCCGGAGCUGCAAAAGCAGCUGCAGGCAGCAGUGGCACCUAGCGGCCCCAGUCCCAGUGGUGUCUUCCCAACUCGCCCACCCUAUGCUGGCGCUGCCAUCGCACUUUGCCGCCCUGGCUCUGCUCGACGUCAAGGCCCCGGCCGCCGACCAAUGAGCGCGAGGUGA